AUGCCUGGUCAUUGCGCUUACAUGAAGUAUUCUACAGGAGCAAAACAAAACAAAAAUACAAAAUGGCGUAAAAUGGCAAGAGAAAGAUAUGCAAAUACGUUGCCGUUUUGUGGUGUGAAAGACGGGCACGAUGCCAUCGUUGUUGCCAUUCACACCUUUAUGAUAGAGGCUGGAUAUAAAUGCAUUGGAAUUGGGGAAGAGGUUUGCUUUUUGCGCCUUAAUUUACAGUUUAUAUAGACCGUUUACGAUUGGGAGUUUCAUGUACACCGUAUACUCAGUUCAUGUACAGUACCGUAUACUUCAUCUUUGCAUUUUGUUUAUGGCUAAGAAGCCAAUGUUGAUUUUGAUCUUGAAGUUUUAAAUGAAUUUUUGAUCAUAUAUAAAGUGAAUGAUGAUUUUUGUAGAACAAUAUUAAAUGUACUAAAUGAAUAUCAAAAGUGAAACUGAAUUACUGAAAGUCCAUGCACGGAUGCACCUAUGUUAUGAAUUAAAUGAAAUUUAUUUAAUAUUAAAGAGCUUCAGAUUUUGACUUCUGCUACUGUGACCAUUAACCAAUCAGUUGCAUUUAUUCUACCCAAUUAACCAAUCAAAUGCAUAUUAAGGCUGUGAGAGGUAGCACUAUUAAACUAGUAGAAGUAGAAGUCAAAUCUGAAUAGGACUGUUCGGUAUACCGAUAUACCGAAAAUAUCGGUAUUAAAUCAAUAUUGGUAUAUCAAUACCGGAAUCAACCAUACCGAUAUACUGAAAUUUCGGAUAUACCGGAAUUUUUCGGUAUACCGUGUUAAACUUACCAAGGCAUAAAAAAAAAUACCUGUGGUUCCGGUUCCCGAUCGACCCUAUUUUUUUCCGCCGACCCUAUUAUUUUUUCAACGCAAUUGACCGUUCGACCCUAUUUUCUCCAGGUGGCUGAUGUUUUCCAGAAACAAUCAUGAUGUUUUCCAGGGGAAUGUGGGGAACGCCAUCCUCCCAUUAUGUUCACUGAUGGAACAGCAUUCCCCUUGUCAAAACUUAAGGAGUUAACAAUGACACAUGGACAGAAGAUGCUGUUUAUCUUUAAUUAAAUUAUAUAUAAAAUCUGCAGACAUGCAUGUUUCAACAUUCUAUGCCUCAUUAGUGCAGCUUGAUACACAUCUAGAUAUGCAAUGACCACCAUAUAUAAAUACUCAUGAGCUUAAUUGCUCUCACCAAGCAUGUGUAGUACAACACAGUGACAUCAAUGCACCAUACAUGCAUGCACAAAGACCACAAGGGAAGUGAGCUUUGCAUUAAUCCAUUGAGUGGCAGCACUCUCCCACUGACAAGUAAAAUUGUCUGGCGUAUGUUGGACAGAGUAAAAUAAUCUGGUGUUCGACAGAGUUAAAUAAUAAAAUAUGGCGCACCUUGGCGCAUUGCCAAUUAAAGGGUCAAGUGACAAUGUCCAAUUAAACAACCAUGCCCAUUUAAUUUUCACAAGCAUUCCCCCAAUUCUAAAAUUUGGAAAACAUGGCCCAUGAAGUAAAUGAACCCCAUGCAUAUGACCUUGCCAAUAAAGACUUCAUAAAGGUAAUUUCCUGAUAUACCCUGGCUGGUACCGGAGUCACUGGACAGUUUUGAAAUUGCACACCUGAGAUCUCAGAAAUUUAGUUAAUGUAGUAAACUUCACAGGUGCAUACCAAAGAUCUUGGUUCCACAAUACAGUGGAAGAUAUAACAGAUAACUUUUUAAGUUUAUAUGUUCUAGAUUCCUGAGUCUGCUCGCGAUAUUUCUACCGAAGGCUUACCACAAGGAUGGAAUGGUUCUCCAGACUUUUAUGCCAUACAAUACAAACUGCCAAGUUCAUACCAGAAAAAGUUUUUGUUGAAAAUAUUACGUCUGGGGACUAGGCUUGCCGUUCAUUUACUGGUUAGUUUCAUGAAAUAUGAUUAACCCAUCAAUGUACAAGACACUGCCUUUGAUAAGUAAAAUUGUCUGCUGUUUGACCAGGUGAAAUUAUAAUAAGGUAGAGUAAAAUGGAGUGCAAAUUUGCAGCUGUUGACAAGAGGCGAUUCAUGUGAUAGUUUGGUUGACCCAUUAACCCAUUGAGCUGGCGCUCAAGUUAUUCUCUUGAUAAUUGAGUAAAUUAAGUCAUCUGGUGUUAUAAACAGACUAUAGUAAAGUAUGGCUCAUGUAAAUGCCAAUGGGUUAACUAGACGCAUGGACAGCUUGUUUCAGUGUUCGAUCUCCUCUCUACGAGUAAAAUUGUCUGGCAUUAGAGAGAGUACAAUAAUAAAAUAGGGGGCACAUGCAUGCAACUUACAGUAAUAGGCUAACUAGACACAAUGGAUAGAUAGUCUAAUUAACCCAUUGAGUACCAGUGCUCUCUCCUUGACGAGUAAAAUCGUCUGGCAUUAGAAGAGUAAAAUAAUAAAAUAGGAUUCAAUGCAACUUAAUGGCUUAAUCCGGCCAUUGCAUGUUAAGGGUCGGGCAUGCGUGUUGCUUGUCUUUUAAAACAUUAGUAAUACCGUAAUUUUUGCUCUAUAUAUCAGGAUGUAGAUAAGGAAACAAGUUACGAUCUGACCAUUGACACAACGGAUUAUGUUACCGCAGAUAAAGACGAACUGUUACGGAACCUCUAUGACUAUCCACAGUAAGUUGAAUGUCGCUGCUUGGGGUUGGAGCUCUCUCCUCCGCAGAGGCUUUUAUAGUUGUCUUAUAUGAUUUAUCACGAUGAGAUGCAUUUCAGUACACUUUACAUGGCGGCCGAUCUUGGAUCCAAGAUCCGCCACGGUAAAGUGUACUGAAAUGUAUCUCAUCGUGAUAAAUAAUAUAAGACAACUAUAAAAGCCUCUGCGGAGGAGAGAGGUGUUGGAGUGCUAGCGGCAGCAGGAAUAGAUUCAGCAAGGUCUGGUAAGGGGGAGGUGAUCGAGUCCUCCCUUCCCCCAUUGACCUUUAGGACCACCCUAGAGAGAUAGUCCGAUUAACCCAUUAAGCAUCAGCACUCUCCCCUCAGAGAGGGGUUAGGCAACUUAAUUAUGUUUGAAGCAAAAUCGGGAUUAUUCAUAAUAAUUAAAGACAUUAUCUGGCUUUAAAUCAAAGAACGUCUACAAAUUUAUUAUAAAUUUUACAAGUUACAUUAAUAUGUUUAUUUAGAGUUGUAAGGAGAUUUGAACAACUUGAACAGAUCUUUAAAUCGGACAUCACGAAUAAAAUGAAUGUGGAAAAAGAAACGAAAACAGAAACACGACCAUCCAGGACGCGAAACGUGCCCCAUGCUCAAAACGAACCAACCAGGUACUAUACCUACAGUACUGUAGACGAUCUUUAGUAAUUAAGCCACACGAUAAUAUAUUGGCUAGUAUGGCUACCAGUAUUCUACUCUGAACAGCACAGCAAAUAAUAUAUCAUUAGUCACAAUAAUCGUAAUCUGAGUUCAAUCUGCCUUUUCAUUGUCCGAAAAAUCUGCCCUUUCUAUCAUUGGUCCAAAAAACACCUGGAUUUCCCUACCCUAGUACCCUAUUUCACUUUGAACGUUGAAAAUUUCCUGCAAAUAAUCAAGUAAAUCAAUGCAAUUUUUUAUCUCCAAUUCAAGACCUGUUGUUUAUCCUGACGAUCCCUUAAGAGUUCCGCCAAGACGUCCACAAGGUUCACGAGGGCGGUAGGUAUUCUCAACCAAGUGACAGCUUAAUUUUUAAGUAUAAAGGUAAUGCAUAUUAAAUGCUUUUGUUUGUCCUUGAUAUUUUUAGACCAGUCAUUUUCGGAUAAGGAUUUUUUCCAUUGGUUUACGCUAUUUGGGAGUUCAAAUCAAAUCAAUUUAUUCAGCCACAAAAUAAUUACAGCAAAAAAAUAGAGAGAGAGUUAAUGGCAAUUAAGAUAGCCCAAGAGAAACCAUGCAAUAUAGGCUUAUAAUAUUGGGCCCCUUUAUCUUACAAGAUUGAUCAAAUAGAUCCGGAAGGAGCUUUACUACAGUGGGUGAGAUACCAGAUUACAUUUCAAAAAUGAAGUAAAAAUAGUUAAUUUAAAGUAAUGUCCAAUAUAACUAAAAUUAAUUAAGUUGAUAUAUUAAAUAAGUAUUUUUUGGUGGAAAAAAUUGACAAGCUGAAGACGGUCGUACAGACAAUCUAUUUUCUCCUCCACCACGCUCUUGAGAGUGCAGAUUUUUAAAAACCUAGCUCUAGUCAAGUGAGAUAAACUCGAACAAUCUGUACCAGCAUAGGUAGUAAUAAAAACACCAGAAAAUUGAGUUGAAUAGGGGGAUUCAACUACGUGAAAAAAAUCAAGUAAAACAUUGACGUUUCGAACAAAUACCCGACAAAGGGCCUUCGUUAGUUGAAUCUCUAUCCAACCCAAUUUUCUAGCCAAGUGAACUCUUUCUCACAAAGCAAAUACAUUCUGAACAGCAUAGUGCUCAGGCAUUCAAAUUAUAACAAUAGGAUAAUUUCUAUAGAGGGUACUUUUUUGGGGGACACCCUGUAUAUCAGAUGUUAAUUGUUGCGUUUGUUUUAGGGAUCCUUUAAUUCUUGAUCCACGUGGUUUUGGGGACCCCGACCUUUUACCCGGGCAUCCAGGGUGAGUAUUUGAGGAGUUCAAUAAAGUAUUGCAUUGCACUUGUCUUGUACAAUGGCCCUUACUGAAAAGGGCAGUUUCGAACUGAUACAUGGAGUAUAAAGCCGCUCAAGACGUCGGUUAGAAACAUUUGGAAAAGUUUAACCUACAGUAUACUUAUCAAUUGUUUUGUUUUGUUUUCUUAGAGCCGGUGGAAUGUUUAUGGAUCCAUUUCAUCAGCGCCACAGGAGGCCUGAGGGUGACUUUGGUUAUCCAGGACUGCCAAGGUACACAACAGUAGGAAGAAUUUUAAACAUCAACAAAAUCAGCUUACGCUUGUUUACACCAAGACCGUAUCGCUAAUAACGUUUUCAGUAAUAAUAGUCUUUAAAUCGGAGUCAAACUACGAAAGUUCGGCACACUUCUCGUCAUAACUUAAGAUUGUUUUUCAUUUUGUGUUUUUUUUCAGAGGGGCAGUACCUCCAGGGGCAAGAUUUGAUCCAUUCGGCCCAGUCCCUCCUGAUGGCGGAAUGGGAGGAAAUCCUCGUUCAGGGAGAUUUGGCAGGUAAUUUUUCUUUUUUUGUAUUCACUUGAUUUUAACUUGGGCCCUUCACUUUGGAUGGAGGAUUUGCAGUUUCCUUUUGAGUUUCGUCUGGAGAUUGUACAAUUUUUGUUUUAAACCUUUCCUCAGAACACUACUACCCGUAGCUCCCUCUAGUGAGUUUGGGAACGUCAAUGAAGUGAUCAUAUAAGUGCCUCUCUGAGCCCAAGAAAAAAUUUUGGUCGGGCAACAUUUAAUCCGUGCCGUAUUUUCUUUAUAGACCUGAUCCUGACCACUUGCGACCUCCAGGCUUUGAAGACGACAUGUUCAUGUAAACAUAGUAACAGUUUAAUUAUAACACAGCAAAUGUUUUAUGCAAAAUUUAUUGCUUACAUUUAAAUACAAUAACUUAAAAACUAUUCUAGUUAAGAAUUACUAUAAGCAUUAAAAAUUGGACUACAUUUCACAUUGUUCCUAACUCAGUAGGGCAUUUUCUAGUACAGCGAAAAUCAUAAAAAUAUUCGCUUCGAGGCUAGCCAAAAUUUAAUUGAGAACAAUGUGUAUGUGAGACCCUAUUUACGUCUAGAGCAAAAAAAUCGGAUUCUCUAUACAGUAGUUUCAACGAUUCGAGCGUUCACAUUUAUCGCAUUAGUAUGAAGUGGCUCUGUUAAUACAUGCUCAAAAAAGUUUAAGACGAGUGAAAGCACUAAAUUCUAAAAGCCACCGGGUAAAGGUUUGAAUUCGUCGAGGUAAUCGUUCACACGUCCAAGUAUAUCUCGCAAAGUCUCUACUUUUUUCUGGAUUCAAAGUUAAUACGGAUACAGUUCAAAACGUAUAAUUUGCUAUUCGUCGUUGCGUGCCUAAACGACAAUAUAAAUUGUCUGGUAUUGAAACAUUCAAACUCUUUUGCUCUGGUGUAAAUACGAUCCGAAUUCCCUGUACGACAGGGACAGUGGAAUUUUGGAGAAGAAAGCACAGUGUACAGCCCUUCGGCUUCGUCUGUUCUUCGGACUACGGUUGGCCUAGCCCAAAGGACCAAUUUCGCCUCAGACGUUUCAAUAACGCCUCCUUGGGUUAAUUCUAAUUUUUAGCUUUCGAAUGCAAUACAUGCAAACACAAGCUGGUUUUGGAAUUAUUAUGUUUGAUCAAUAAUAAUAUUUUCUAUUUCUUUCGAGUAAUGCCAUUAGUACUAGCUACUGUAUAAUAUAUAGUUAAUUUAACACAAUGAACACAUGCGAUUAUCUUCUUGAAGCUUAGAAAUUAACUGAGGUUGCCACCACCUAUAAAUCCCAUAUAAAAGUUGGACAUGUUCAAAAAAUAGGGACCCAAAUUUUCUGUUAAAAAAAUUACGAUAAAAUCUUUUUCCUAUACCGAAAACCUCACGCGAGAUACGCAUAAAACCGUCAUGUAUUGCUAUAUUUGCCCUUCGUAUAGAUUAGGAUAUCGGUCUGAUGAUUGGCCCAAAGCCUGGUCAGUUACACCAACAAAGUUUCUAUGACCACAGUAAGAAUUUUGCAUGGGGAAAUUCUAAUUUUUGAAGGAUUUGUACUGCAAGAGAGGUUUGAUGGAGAAGUUAGGCCCGUUUCAAACGUCGCGCUUCUCAUGUGCCGAACGCAUUGGGAACAAUAGAUAAUGAGGUAUUUCAGCUGAUUAUCUAUUGUUUUUAAUGCGUUCGGCAUAUGAAAAGCGCGACGUUUGAAACAGGCCUAAGUUUCCUCAAACAUUUCUUGCAAAUCUGUCGAAAAACAAGGCUUUAGAUGAUGUUUACACAGAAAACAAGGCUUUAGAUGAUGUUUUAACCGUCCGGACGAACUUUGGAACAGAUAGUUCUUCGGAAUGCAUCUGGUUAUAAACGCGAGCAAACAGACCAAGUCCCUAUUUCUCCGAUCCUCUUUUGUCCUAAUAACAUGACGUAGCGCACGAAAGAGAGAGAAUGGCAUAUUUUACAUCAUUUGUGUUUGUGAAGCCAAGACGAAUACCGUUUUCGUACCAGUUUUCAUACCAUGUUAUUCAGGCACCAUUUUUGGUGACAGAAUCAACACUUUCGGAGUAGAUUCAACUCCUUCGAAUUUAGAGUGUAAAUACAGUUUUUUUCCCCACGUAUCUAAUCAAGUUAUCAUAGAACCAUAACUCUUUCAACCGAAGUCAAAACACGAUUAUAGUUCGCACUCCUCGCAGCUUCGUGUUAACCGAAGGGAAUUGUCAUGCACUGGACGUCAAUCUCUGCCAUUUUUGGCUUCGCUUUUUGCACUCAAGUUCUUACUCCAGAUUCAUAUUGAGCUCACUGGAAUGGCGCGCAACGUAUUCUAAUGCACACCAAAUGGUAUCAUAUAAAUGCGAACAUGGGGCGGGUCUGUUCUCUGCGUUUAUACACACAAGUGAAUUUUCAGACGAACUAUCUUUUAUUUUACCAAGUGACAUUUUCCAUAAUUAUACAACAAACACGAGUUCACUUGGCAAAAUACACCUCAAAAUACACCUUUAAACCAUUUUGUUCGUAUAAGCGAUGGCAACUCUAGGUUAAAAAAGUUAUCAUGAAUCCCAUAAUUUACUUUAUAAUACACUACAGAUUAAUCCAUUAAAUUAGUGUAUACAAUGUCAUGUACUGAAUUUGUACCUCAAUUUAAUUCAUAUACAUCUUGUUAAAAAUCAGUCCUACCAACAAUUUAUCUAGUACCUCAUUUACUAAGGGUUGGCAGGGUUUUCGAAGACCCGAUAUUUCUAAAAUCGACUAAUUCAUUAAUUCUACACACUGCUAUGAAAUACAGCUAUUUGUCAAAAAUAAUUUCAUGUUAGAAAAUAGGCCUUCUUUUUGAUAAUUUUUGGAUACACUUUAUAAUCCAUCUAUACUGUUUCAUGUAAAAUAUAUUUAUUGCACACAGCAGCCAUUUGGUUCCUUCACCUUAAGACGUCUUGUCGGCUUAUACUUUUCCAGAUAUGAUAGCUGUGUUGCAUUAAUAGCACCACGCCUUUGCCUAGGAAUUUAGCAAAGCAAUUAGUCAAUGUGUGAUCAUAAUAAAGAGGGACUCAUCAGGGUACACUGCCAGUUAAAGGGUUAAAUUAACAGGAUAACUAAAUUUUGUGGUUUUGAAUAAGACCUAGGGUGAUGUUGGUCUCUCUCCUUGCUAGAGCAAAACAAUAUCACAAGGUACAUCAAGGCUUAACUGGCGACACGUUUCAUGUGCAAAAAUUUUGAUGCCGAUUGAUGAAAUGAACAUGAUCAUUGUAUUUACCUUCUAAUCAAAUCUACAGCAUCUUCAAAUUUCAUUCCAGCUUCUAUUAAUGCUAUUGCAACCAAGACUGGUGCCCUAUAAUAGGAGGAAGAGUUA